AGUCUGCGCGCGCGGAGAGGAUGGAACGUUACUAGAAUUCUCGGACCAGGCUGCCGCGGCAGGGGCCGCUUGAGGGGGCCGCCACGCGAGUUGAGCGGGAACUGGGAAGACAGGUCGCUUUGUCACUAAUGAACGAGUUUAAAACUCUCGAACCAGAGGACGCCAUGCACAGGAAGCAUCUCCAAGAGAUUCCGGAUCAGAGUAGUAAUGUUACCACCAGCUUCACGUGGGGAUGGGAUUCCAGCAAAACGUCUGAACUGCUGUCAGGCAUGGGAGUUUCCACCCUGGAGAAGGAAGAUGUGGACAGUGAGAACAUCCCCCAGGAACUACUCCCAAUCCUGGGCCACUCCCAAAGUCCUCAAAGGAAAAGGCAUAAGAGCAAAGGGAAUGACAAAGACUUUGUGAUCAUCCGUCGACCUAAACUUAAUCGAGAGACCUGUCCAGGUGUUUCCUGGGACUGUCUUCCUGAUGAGCUGCUCCUGGGGAUCUUCCACUGUUUGUGCCUCCCUGAGCUGUUGAGAGUCUCUGGGGUUUGUAAGAGAUGGUAUUGCCUUGCGUUUGAUGAGUCUCUCUGGCAGUCUUUAGACCUCACAGGUAGAAAUCUGCACCCGGAUGUCACUGCUCGGUUGCUGUCUCGAGGGGUAAUUGCUUUUCGUUGCCAACGAUCAUUUAUGGAGCAACCAUUGGUUGAACAUUUCAGCUCUUUUCGUGUACAGCACAUGGAUUUGUCGAACUCAGUUAUAAAUGUGUCAGCUCUUCAUGGUAUUCUGUCUGAGUGCUUCAAGUUACAGAAUUUAAGCUUGGAAAGCCUGCAGCUUUCGGAUCCCAUUGUCAAUCAGCUUGCACAGAACUCAAACUUAGUGCGACUAAACCUCUCUGGGUGUUGGGGAUUUUCUGAAUCUGCCCUGAAGACUCUGCUAAGCAGCUGUUCCAGACUGGAUGAACUGAACCUCUCCUGGUGCUUUGAGUUUACUGAAAAGCACGUGCAAGUGGCUGUGGCACAUGUGUCAAAGACUGUCACCCAGCUGAAUCUUAGUGGCUAUCGAAAGAAUCUCCAGAAAUCAGAUCUUUGUACCUUAAUUAGAAGAUGCCCCAACCUUGUUCACCUAGACUUAAGUGAUAGUAUCAUGCUGAAGACUGACUGCUUUCCAGAAUUUUUCCAUCUCCACUACCUCCAACACCUCUCACUUAGUCGGUGCUAUGAUAUCAUACCUGAAACUCUACUUGAACUUGGAGAAAUUCCCACAUUAAAAACACUACAAGUUUUCGGAAUUGUGCCAGAUGAUACCCUUCAACUGUUACGGGAAGCCCUUCCUCACCUGCAGAUUAAUUGUGCCUACUUCACCACCAUCGCCAGGCCUACUGUUGCCAGCCAAAAGAACCAGGAGAUAUGGGGUAUCAAGUGUCGAUUGGCCCUGACAAAGCCCAGUUGUCCAUGAAGUGCUAUUGCAGGGUAGUACCUCGCAUUUCUUUGGAAUGGGAACAUAGGCAGGAAGCCAAUUGCUGGAACAUUUGGCUGGUUUUGUUACUGGUUUUCCCUUAGCCUUCUUCCUUAGGUGUUUAAAGGGUCAUUUAAAAGGGACAACUAUAAAGUGUUACUUUUAAGCUUCUGUCAGUUCUAUGCCCAGAAGAGCCUAAAGUUAUAAGGCUUUGGGAGUUUUGGAAGAGUGAGCCUUUGAUUUUAAAGUAACCUUAUUAAAAAGUGAAAUUUGACCUGACUUGUUAAGUACCCUUGUGGUUAAGUCUACUUAGGAUGAAACUUCAAAUUUUCCACCAGCUAAUUUUCAUAGUCUUAGUAGUAACUUUUGCCUACUUUUCAGUAUUGCUUAGUACAACAUGGCAAGGAAGAAUAAUAAACUGUAUUUUGUUAGUUGACAAGGGAAAAAAAGGGUUCAUAAGAUAGUAGUAUUUAAGGCAGAUCUUUUCUGGGGAUUUCAUUUGAAAUUAAUUUCACAGAAAGAGCCCCUUAUAAUUCACUUCAAAUUCUAAAAUAAAAGCAAAUAAAUAAAUGGCCAGAAGAAUAGAAUUGGUAGAGAACUGAAGGCUCAAGAGGUAGUUUUUGAAGGGAGGUCAGUCUGGUAUUACCUCUUUAUGUUUAAGGUGCUAUGUUUCUAGAAUUCCAAUUAGGUAAGAAAAAAUCCUUGUGGUUUUCUAAUUUUAUUAUCCAAUUAUUUUAACAUAAUUUUUAAGAUGACUUGCUUUAUUUUAGAAAGGUGGUUUUAUCCUAAUCAGUAUCUUACCUAGUCUUCAAGUUGGACGGAAGAUUCUGAAUUGAUAUUGUCUGCUGUUUUCUUUUAAUGCUAAAAUUGUUUUUGUAUUAUUCUAGAAUCAAGUAUUUUAAAUUCGUUUUCACAGUAAUUGCUUGAAACUACUCAUCAGGUUACU